CUGUUUACGUUCCAGAAAUUUUCUUCUGAGGAUGCAUCGCCUCCUACUUGUUCUAACCAUCGCCAAUUGUGCAGUAGCUGCCAAACUAAACGUGAUUUACCAAUGGAAAUACAUCGACUACGUCUGGAACAGCAAAGAACAUCGACAAUGGGCAAUCGCUGAAGGGAGAUACGACUACACGAAGAUCUUCACGAUCGACGUUCAGAAGGCUCCAGAUCAACGAGUCUUUGUGACAACGCCAGCAUUCAAUGAUCACGGAGUUCCGGCCACCCUUUCGACGAUAUCUUCACGUCAAGGUCCCGGUGGUCCGCUAUUGAAGCCUUAUCCAAAUUGGUCCUGGCACAUCCCUGGGAACUGCAACGGCAUCACAAGCGUCUGGAGAGUGGCUGUCGACGAAUGCGAUAGACUCUGGGUCCUUGACAGCGGGAAAAUUGGCAGUAACCAGGUCUGUCCAGCCCAACUUUUGGUAUUUGAUUCGAGAACCGACAUACUGCAGCAACGGAUCACUAUUCCGAAUUACCUCUCGCGUGAUCCCACAAACCAGACUCUGGGGCUACUAAUUACGCCUGUUGUUGAGACGGAGGACAUCUACUGUCGCCGGGCAUGGGUUUACAUAGCGGACGUAGAUGGCGGGGGUCUCAUAAUCUGGGACGGAUCGUGGAUUUGGCGCUUAGACGACGAAGUAUUCAAGGCGGAUCCGACGGCCUCGACGUACACCAUCGCUGGGGAGAAUUUCACUGUUGCGGACGGAAUUUUUGGACUCGCGGUGUCACCCCGGAACUCGCGGCAUCCCCGCCGUUUAUUUUUCAAGCCGUUGGCCUCUCUCAAGGAAUACUCCUACGCUGUUGACGAUCUGCACAGGCUGGGGUCCAGAUUCAAGUCCGUUAAGUACGUCGCUUCCAACUAUCAAUUACCCAGUCAGGCUACCGCACAAGCAUUUUCACGGGAAGGUAUCCUGUUCUUCGGACUGACGAAAGAAAUAGCAAUAGCGUGCUGGAACAUGAAUGACCCGAUGGACGACGAGCACGUGGUGAUCGUGGCUCAGAACAACGACACUUUGCAAUUCGCCAGUGGAAUCAAGGUUACAAAACGCAGGCAUGAUGUGCUUAAAGAGGACCUUUGGGUCUCGACAAACCGUUUCCAAAAAAUAUUUACUGGCACUCUGAACUACAGUGAAAUCAACUUCAGAAUCCUCAGCGCUCCAAUUAAAGUCCUCGUUAAGGAUUCCGAAUGUCAACUCCCCCGAUUCCGAAGCUACUCGUAUCGUGCCAAGACUAUUAACGGAUCUGAGGACGGAUUCAAUUAUGAGCAAUACUGGUUACCGAUUAGUCGACCGCAAAAAUUUGUUCUGAGCAUCAUAAACUUCGAAGAAGUCAAAUCAAGUAAGAUGCAAUUGUUAUCGCGACAAAAAUUUCACUGUAAAUUUCCAAAUACAUUAAAAACUCUCAAGCUAACAAGCAAGUCAACCGCUGAACCACGAUAUGGAGAAAAGUUUCGUGCCACUGACAUCGAAUCACCAGGUAUUUCCCAUCUCAUGAGCUACGUGCCACCACUUUUAAAGUUAUUAUACUGCAAAAAGACAAUUGCAGCCACCAUGUAUGCGGUAACGUUGGCUGCUAACUUCAUUCCUUUUCUUGGUGCGUUGCUACACGCCACAAAGAAGGGGAGGGAUCACCAGCCCGUGAAACUUUUGAAGCGUCUCGAGAAGUUGGAGAAAAGACUACGGAAGCACAAACGCCAUCGGCAUCAUCGACACUCGAGGAAUGAUCGUUACGAAGAUGCGUCGUUACACUCCUCACGACGGGAACGAUCCAGAUCAACCUCUCAUCGAGUUGGUUCCAAAUCACCAACACCUCGAGAAUUAGAUGUUGUUCCAAUUCAAAACGACCUCCCUACCGUAACACAACCUCAAAUAAUUCCAUCGGAACAGCCGAGUGCACCCGGUAUCGAGACUCAACCGCUAUGUGAAAACAUAUUGAAAAUACUGGGCAACAAGGCUAGUGAGAAAAAAAUUAUGAGCAAGGAGGUUCAUCCAGAUAUUGCCUGCAGAUGGGAAAUGAUUCUUACAAAAAGAGUUUCCCCUGAUUCAAAAUCAGAAUUAAAUACGAAGUACACAACUCCAUCUAAUUGCACCCUUAUGGAAGCCCCGGUAUUAAACCCAGAAGUAAAGGCGGCGAUGUUACCUAACACAAUUCAGAGAGAAGUUAGACUCGCAGUAAUCCAAAACCAGAUGGAGGACGGGGCGGAAAAUAUAAUUACUCUAUUUCCAUUCGGUGCUUCUGAUGUAAGCGGAGGGGUGCAAAUGGUUGUUAUGCAAAUAGGAGAUUCAGCGUUAUUUAUCACGUUGUCGAACAUCGAAAGUAAUCCUCAAGCACUGUGGAGUGAAAUGAAAGUUGGAAGAUUCUACGCGCUAAGUGAUUCUUCGCAGAAACGAAGGGAUGAUCUUGACAACAAUUCGAUUCGUCUGCAUAUUCAUAACGAAUUUACCCUAAGGUAUUCUCCAUUGGACGCAGUGUUAAUCGAAAUCGUCCGGUGGAGUUCACAAAUUGUACCUUGUGUACCGAUACAAUGUCAAAUUCCAAGGCGCAAAAUCAGUCAAUGCCCUCCUCGUACUGCUCAACGACACGUGUUGCACAUUUUCUUCAUGAUUGAAUUUGGAAAAAAACUGCGCAGAACGGAACGCCAGAAUUUUGAACGGACUUCAACGCAAAAACCGUCCUUCCAAAAUUCGUUACAUCGUUAUCACGCGUUGAGGGUCCAUAAGAUUUCCGCCCAUCUGAUGAUUCAUAAUAAAAGGUUAACAAACCUGCCAACAAGCCUGUGGUAUCGGUGCGUGAGUAAGACAAGAUCUUGCACUUUCCAUUUUCCAACACUCAAUGAGACGGGGACCCAGAUUCGAUCUCUGAGGAACUCCGGAGGUGGGGACAAAGAAAUCAGACCGAUGAUCACAAAUUCAGAAAGCUUAAGCGAAUCUCGAAAACCAAAAUGCAGACUGCAAGUGACUCCCCUACCCCCACUGAUUUCCGAAGGAACCUUCUUUCAGCCAGCAUCCUUAACAAUGCGUAAACACCCUUUAGAAUAUACUGGUUUCCAGGUAUCGGAUCGAACAAUCCCACACACAGACACGAGUUGUGUGCAAAUUUUGAAAAUUGACAGAAGCAUCAUCUUCACAUCCAGCAUUCUGAACGAAGAAUCUGGGAGAUUUUGCGACAGAACUCUAUCCCACCGUGAGUAUUGGAUUUUUGAGGAAAAGUUCCCCCAUUCCAUCACGCAAAAGAUUCAUUCAUUUUUACCUACAAAUGCAUCUCGGAACCAAACUCAUCAAAAUUUAAACGGGGCCACUCCGACCAAAAAAUCGACGAAUCGUAAAAUGACAAUCCCGUCCAGAUCAUUUCGUAUACUGACAAUCGUAUUGUCAUGUGUUGGCUCGUUUUUGGCAGCGGAACUCAAAACUAUCCAUGAAUGGAAGUACAUAGAAUACGCAAGCGAAGACUCACUCGUGAAUCAGACGUUCAAAGUUGCCGAAGAAUACAAUUACACGAAAAUCAUACCACUUGAUUUCCAGAAAACCUCGGAUAAUAGAGUUCUGGUUACAACACCCAGACUUACCCACACAGCGCCAAGUUUGUCAAUUGUUUCCGCUCAGAACGGGGAUGGUGGUCCGUUGUUGGAACCCUAUCCAAGUUGGGAUUGGCAUAAGACAGGAAGUUGUGGCGACGAAAUAAUAACAAGCGUGUCUCGUCUGCACACUGACAUUUGCGACAGGCUAUGGCUCGUCGAUUCCGGGAAGAUAGGAAACGAGCAGGUAUGUUCAGCUCGGCUGUUCGCCUUCAACACGACAACCGACCAGGUGAUCCAUCGCGUUGAUAUUCCAAAUGAGUUGACCCACAAUUCCGUAAAUUCGAGCAAGGGUCGACUUGAGAUGCAGAUCGUCGAGACGAAGGGAGACUCGUGCGAAGAGACUUGGGUUUACAUUGCGGACCCGGAGGGCUAUGGGCUUAUUAUUUGGGACGGUUCGGACAUGUGGCGUCUGGAAAACGACGACGUUUAUGCCCCGGACUCGUCAGCUACGACGUUCAGCGUUGCCGGAGAGAACGUGACCCUGGAACUCGGGACUUCCAUUUUGAAAAUAUUGCCUCCGGGAUUCGUUGACGAGGAUUAUCUUUUUGUAAGACCAUUGUCCUCCUACUCAGUCCACGCAGUGAGCAUCCAGAGUUUGCACAAUUCGAAGAACAGCAGUGUGACUUACUACAAGGGCAGCAUUACGAUGCCAUCGCAAGAGCUUUUCAGCCUCUUUUCCAAGUACGGGGUCCUCAUGGGCGCCUUCACCUCGAGUUUGGCAGUGUUUUGCUGGAAUCUGGCAAAUCCUCUGUCGACAGAGUACGUGGCUACCGUGAUAGAGAACGACGAGGCUCUUCAAUUUACGAGUGCUGCUAAAAUUUUUGAAGGGAAUGAGCCCGGAUUCGAGUCUGAAGAGUACUGGAUGAUGACCGAUCGGUACCAAAAAUUCGCACUGGGUACCAUGGACUUUGACGAUAUCAAUUUCAGAAUCCUGUCACUCAAUAUCGCUGAAGCCAUCAACGGCACUGUGUGUAUGCCGAGCUCACACAAUAUGACUAGCAUUGAGGAUAAAAUUUUGAUUGACUAGGAAACAGUAUAAAAAUAUCUGUACGUUGCAUAUUAAUUUAUGCAUUAUUUUAUGUCCGAUUUAUAAUUAUAUGUUUGUUUAUGUAACGAUCGUUCAUGAAUUUAUACCUUUCAGUUCGAAUAUAUGUAACUACGAUAUUUAAUCA